AGAGACACGCGGUGGUAAAUUCUCCCAAUAAAAGGGGCUUCCUCUCUAGGUUUUCCAUCUCAACCAUUUUUCUCUUCAUCAUCAUCUCCAUCGUCAUCCUCAUCCUCAUCAUCAUCACCAUUUCUAAAUUCAUUCAUUUUCAUUCCUCUUUUCUCUCUCUCUCUCUCUCUCCAUUCUCCCUUUCUUCCAUUCUUCCUUUUUCAAUUCCGAUCUAUCCUUCAAUUUUCCGGCGUUGAUUUAGCCUAGUGGCCUAGUUUCGGCGGAAUUCCAUUUCCAAGCGCUCAAUUUUUCUGUUUGGUGGAAGCGAAAUUGAUUGACUAUUUAUUUAAUAAGAUCCCCUCCUCUUUCAUUUGGGUAUUUCUCGAUUAGGGUUUCUGGUUCGUGAUAUGUGAAAAAGGUGUAUCUUUGUGCGAGGAUGCCAGCUACGGAUUAUCAGGGUUCGUCGGCUGCUUUUACCAACAUUGGCCGUCCGGUUCAAGGUAUUCGCCGUGAUCAGCUUUACGCUAUGGAUGGUUCUCCCACGUCUCCUGAGCAAGAUCUUGAUUCCUUUCAGAGACAAGUUGCAGACCGGUUUUUGGACCUAGCAUCGGUUGGUUCUGAUGACUUGCUUUCCCUAUCAUGGGUUCAUAAGCUCUUGAAUUCCUUCUUGGCUUGUCAGGAGGAUUUUAAGCUUGUUCUCAUCAGCCACAAAUCUCAAAUCUCUAGACCCCCUUUGGACCGUUUGGUUGCUGAUUAUUCGGAGAGAAGCGUUAAGGCGCUUGAUGUUUGUAAUGCGAUUCGUGAUGGGAUUGAGCAGCUCCGCCAAUGGCAAAAGCUUUUGGAGAUUGUUCUUAGUGCGUUGGAUAAUUGUAAUAGCCAGAAAACUCUUGGUGAGGGGCAAUUUCGUCGUGCUAAGAAGGCUCUUAUUGACUUGGCUAUUUGUAUGUUGGAUGAGAAAGAUUCACAUACCUCUGCUCUUGCUCAUCGCAAUCGUUCUUUUGGACGGAACAAUGCCUCGAAGGAUCCACGGUCGUUGGGGCACUUUCGAUCGCUUUCGUGGAGCGUUUCGCGGUCGUGGUCGGCUGCGAGGCAGCUGCAAUCGAUUGGUAACAAUUUAGCAGCCCCUAAAGCGACUGAGCUUUUGACUACAAAUGGGCUUGCAGUUCCUAUAUUUACAAUGAACAUGGUGUUGUUGUUUGUAAUGUGGGCGUUGGUGGCAGCCAUUCCUUGUCAGGAUCGAGGCUUGCAGGUUCAUUUCUCCUUGCCUCGAAAUUUCCCGUGGGCUUCUUCAAUCCUUCAACUCCAUGAUCGAAUUGUGGAGGAGUCCAAGAAGCGAGAUCGAAGAAAUUCAUGUGGGCUGUUGAAGGAGAUUAAUCAGAUUGAGAAGUGUAUGCGUCUCAUGAAUGAUUUGGCAGAUUCAGCUCAAUUCCCAUUGGCGGAGGAGAAAGAGGCAGAGCUGAGACAGAGAGUGCAAGAGCUAACCACAGUUUGUGAUACUCUGAGGACUGGAUUGGACUCGUUGGAGCGGCAAGUGAGGGAAGUUUUUCACAGGAUUGUUCGUAGCAGGACUGAAGGGCUUGAUUCUUUGGGACGAGCAAAUCACUCUGAAUAGAAUUUGUUGGAGUUUUAAAACAAUGUUCUACUUUGGUUUUCAUGGUUUCUUCUAGGAAUAAGAGAAAGAACAGAGGAUGAAAAUAUGAAGACGAGAGUGACAAGUUACUAAAUGGUGAGGGGACUCUUUGUAUUUAUUUACUCAAGCGUAUAUUGUGUAAAGAAAUUUGGAUUUGAAAAAGAUUGGCAUGGAUCUCCUCCAUCUGGUGGUCUUGGUAAUGUCAUAUUGUUCAAUGCCAUAUUUAUCAGCCCAUGGUUGACAUGUAUUGUUCAUUGUUAUUUACACAGUCUCUUGAUCCAUGUUUUAUACAAGUCUGCUGGAAAAAAAUGACAUUACUAUCAAAAGUUUCAUUUAUCUUUCGAUAAUUGAUUUGUGUUCUCUUGGUGUUCUUUCU